AUCAUAUUGGGCCCUCUUGCCUCUACGACUGGCAGAGCCGGAAGAAAGCCGACAUCACAGGAUACGUCUGGCCCUGGAAAAAAGCGAAGGGCCGGUCAUGACACAAAUACUGGACUCAGUGUCAGAAAGGAUGAGUCAUUUUAUGGAGUCCUUCUGGCACAGUUGAGGGAGUAG